GCAACGUGGUGAAACCCUGUCUCUACAAAAAUUAGCUGAGUGUUGGUGGCUCACACCCAUAGUCCCAGCUACUCAGGAGGACGAGGCUGGAGAUUUGCUCGAGCCUGGGAAGCAGAGAUUGCCGUGAGCUGAGAUUACACCACGACUGCACUCCAGCCUGGGCAACAGAGUGAGAUCUAUCUCAAAAAAAAAAAANAAAAAAAAAAAAAAAAAAAAAAAAAAAAAGAAAGCCUAUUCAGGUAAUUCUGAUUCGUGCUGCUGAUCUAUAGCACUGGAUAUGGGUGAACUCUGCUAUGUUUGACUAUGAUGUACUACAUUUGUAUUUGCUUUUAACAGUUCAAACUGGGAUUACUUGUUUAGAAUCAUAUAUUUGGAUAACAUGUGACUUCUCUAAUAUGCCCCAGAAAACAGCUAAUAACUUGUUCAACCUGAAAUUUAUAGUUUUCCAAAUUACAGGUUGGCAGAGAUACUGAAUUGAUAACAUCCACAGUUAUGAUAUAAUCAUUCCUAUGCUGUACAACAAAAUGAUUUUGGUUAGCAGAAUUUAAUAAUAAUUUAACUGUUAACAAUAACUGUUAACUAUGUACUAGGCACUGUUGUAGCCACUUUAUGUUCUUCAUGACACCUUAUGAGAUAGGUACUAUUAUCUUCAUUUUGCAGAUGAGGAAACUGAAGUUCAAUGAGGUAUCUUCUCAAGUUCACACAACUAGAGAGUGGUGGCACUAGAAUGGGAACUUAAGCAGUCUUUCUCUGAAGCCUAUGCUGGGCUGCUUCUCGAUGGAGAGUAAAUGUGUUUUACAGUGUGUGUAGUAUGGAAGUAGCAUAAUAAUAACAACAGCUAUUCCUUAUUGAGCCAUUACUGUUGCAGACACUGUAAGAUAAUCACCAUUAUCUCAUUUAAAUCUCUUAGUAGCCUUAUGAAUUAGAGGUAUGUAAAUGCUUCCUCCUCUCCCAACACCUUUACAGAUGAGGAAACUGAGCCCUAGAGGUGAAGAAAGUUGUCUAAUGACAGAGUGCUUGUAAGAAAUAAAGCCAAGACUUGAACUUGCAAUUAUUGGACUUUUCCUAAUGAGUUAUGGGAACUAAUAUAGUACAGUAGCUGAGGAUCCAAGUACUGAAACCAGAAAACUUGCCUUCAGAUGCCAUUUCUGCCAUUUGAGCUAUGUACCUUGGACAAAUUAGUCUCAUCCUUUCCAUUUGAAAGUUAGACAUAAUAAUGUGUUCCUUCGGGGUUUGUGAGGAUUAAGUGAGGCAAGCAUAUGUAAAUGGCCUGAGCUCAGAGCUUGGCUCAUAAGCCCUCAGUAAUGAUCACUGCCAAUUUUUUUGUGUGUAUAAAUAAAUACACUGUAUCCCCCGUUUCCAUUUUUAAAAGACAUUGUAUAGUGAAUUUAUUGUUUUUCUCAGAUUAACAAUUGCACACAGCGCUUGAAAUUUAGAGACAUUUCACCUGAGAAGAUAUCUAGAGGUUGAAAGAAAACGUGCUGUGCAUAUGAUUUGAAAAUAUGCUAUUUAAAAAUAAGUUUACCCUAUUUUUAUCUUUUCUGGCACCUAUAUAUACCAUUUAAUAAUAGCAAGGACAUUUCCAUAUUGCAGAUAAGUGCAUGGUACUUAUGUAAUACUGUGGAAACUAAUAAAUUAUAGCAAUUUUUUUCUUGCCAAUUUUAUUGAGAAAUAAUUUAUAUACAAUAUAUCCAUUUAAAGAGAACAGUUUAUUGGCUUCUGGCAGUUGUAUAUACCCAUAAUUGCUGCCACAAUUAAGACACAGCGUUGAUUAUUUCUAAGAUUCCUUGUGUCUCUUUCCAGUGCAUCUCACUAAGUUCUAUGCAACCACUUUGCCCAAGUCUCUAGACUAUCUUGGAUGUGGAGUGGCUUUGUGUAUGUUUAACUUUUGAAGAAAUUACCAAAUAGUUUUCCAAAGUGGUUAUGCCAUUUUACAUUCCCAGCAGCAGAAUAUGUAAGUCCUCCAUAUCCUUCUGCAUUUGGUGUUGGCAGUCUUUGAACAGUUUUACCCCUUUGUGGAUAUGGAGUUACAUGUAUUGUGGUUUGUAUCUCCCCUAUGACUACUGUUAAGCAUCCUUCCAUGUGCUUAUUGGCCAUACGUAUAUCUGAUUUGGUAAAGUAUUUGAAUCCUUUGCCCAUUUAAGAAAUUGGGUAGUUUUUUCUUAUUGAAUUAUAAGAGUUCUUUAUACAUUCUGGAUACAAAGUCCUUUGUCAGAUAUUGCAAUGGUGUAACCGUUUUAAAAACAGUAUUUUGUAACUAAUAACGUUAGUCUAGUACUUUAAAAACAGUAUGACCACCGUACUAAGAGAAGUUGCCCAAACUGCUAAACUUGGACAUCUGUCAAGGGAGGUUGCUACUUUUGUGCCCUGCGACCAAGAAACCCAUGCCAUAAAACCUUAUUUACUCUUAAAAGCCAACAGAGAUAAUAUAGCUUAAAAAAUAACAAAAACUCCACUAUAUAUCUUUGUUGUUGAUGUUGCCAGCAAGCUGUCUACCAUCUCCCAGGGCCCCUCUUAAAAUCAAAGUUAAAACCUCAACAUAGGAACGCCGCGAUCAGGGCCCCAUUGGGCCAUUUUGGAAUAUCGGGCAGGUAUCUUCGACAGUAUUCAUGUCAAUUAAUUAUCUACAUGACGUCCUUUAGGGGAUAAUAAACGUCGGGCUUUUCUGUUUGGCUUUGAACCAGUGUCAUGAGGCGGAAAAGGCCCGACCAGAGAGCGGAUGGUACCGGGUUCCCGGUGUCACCGGGGCUGGGUCACCUGCAAAGCUGGACGCCUGCUGCGCAUGCGCCCCACAGCCGCCGGGUUCAUCCUGCCUGGAAGAGGGGUGGCGUUGCCGCGGUAACCGCAGUAAACGGAGGCCUCAGGCGGGUGCUGCGAAGAGAGGAACUGCGGCGGCGGUCCGUGCCUUCGAGGAAAUGAAGGAACCAGAUGAUCAGGAUACUGAUGGGGAGAAAUCAGGUAGAUCAAAGAGUGAUGGGAGGCAUUCUCUGAGGUCUUCUAAAUCGGAAUCAAGAUCUCCUGUUAAAGAAGAUAACAAACUUUUAGAAGAAGCCACAGACGAAACGUUGACUGAAGGGAAAGAACCAUAUUUAGAUGAAGACUCAGAUGAGGAACAUUUGGAAGGAAGUUUGAGUUCAUUUCAGUAUGAAGAUUUGCAAAGCACUACAGUAUCUCAGCAACCCCCUGCUCCAGCUGCGGAAGAGGCAGAGGAGGAAGUUAAAAAGAAAAUAUCAGAGAGUUUCUUCUAUGAUUAUAUGGAGCUUGCUUCGAUGCCUUUUGUGACUUCGGAUUCAAACAUACCACUGGACCUUCUCACGCUCGUACAUUCUUUUGGUUAUGACUGCAGAAAGCGAGCUAACCUGCAACUUCUGGAUGACAGUAUCGCAAUGUACAUAGCUGGGAACCAAGUGAUCUUUCUGCAUUUGAAAACCAAGGAACAGAUCUACCUGCGAAGUAGCAGCGGUGAAGGAAUUGGCGUCAUUGGGGUUCAUCCACAUAAAACUUACUUCACAGUAGCUGAAAAAGGGAGUUUUCCAAAUAUUAUCAUCUAUGAAUUUCCUUCUCUGAGACCCUACAGAAUCCUUCGAGAUGGGACUGAGAAGGGAUAUGCUUAUGUGGACUUUAACUACAGCGGUACCUUGCUGGCCUCUGUUGGUAGCAACCCAGACUACACACUGACUAUCUGGAAUUGGAAAGAAGAACAACCCAUACUGAGGACAAAGGCUUUUUCUCAGGAGGUUUUUAAGGUUACUUUCAAUCCUGAUAAUGAAGAGCAGCUUACUACAUCAGGAUCAGGCCACAUCAAGUUCUGGGAAAUGGCUUUUACAUUCACAGGUCUCAAGCUGCAGGGAUCACUAGGUCGAUUUGGCAAAACAACGUCUACUGAUAUAGAAGGCUACAUGGAGCUCCCAGAUGGGAAGGUGCUCUCAGGGUCAGAAUGGGGUAACAUGCUGCUUUGGGAAAGCGGUCUGAUCAAAGUGGAGCUCUGUCGAGGUACAAGCAAGUCAUGUCACAAUGGUCCCAUUAACCAGAUAAUGCUGUAUGAGGGUGAAGUUAUCACUGUUGGGUCAGAUGGAUGUGUUAGGAUAUGGGAUUUUGAGACAAUAGACACUGCUGAUACAAUAGAUGAGACUGGAUUGUUGGAGAUUGAGCCUAUUAAUGAACUUCAAGUAGACAAGAACGUGAAACUCUUCUCUAUGAUAAAAAUGAAUGAAACUGGAAAUAACUUUUGGUUGGCUCAGGAUGCCAAUGGAGCCAUAUGGAAGCUUGACCUUAGUUUUUCAAAUAUUACCCAGGACCCGGAAUGCCUCUUCUCCUUCCAUUCUGGAGCUAUUGAAGCCGUGGCUGUUUCUCCUCUCACUUACCUCAUGGCCACAACUGCCUUGGACUGCUCUGUUCGAAUCUAUGAUUUUGCUAGCAAAAUUCCUUUGGCUCAGAUGAAAUUCAAACAAGGAGGUACUGCCCUUGUUUGGGUACCCCGAAUGGUAAGCUAUACUGGAGCACACAUUAUUGUAGGAUUUGAAGAUGGAGUUGUUCGACUUCUUGAACUUUAUGAUCCAAAAGGGCUCACAGUUUUUGCAGGACGGAAGAAAAUUUUCGAUGCUGAUAUUCAGUUGAAACGGGUUUUCAAACCCCAUACUGCUUGUGUCACUGCCUUAGCUUAUGAGCGUGAUGGGGAAAUUCUAGCCACAGGGAGUAAAGAUCAAACUGUUUUCUUCUUUGAAGUGGAAAAUGAGUAUGAGCCAAUUGGUUAUAUUAAUACUCCUGGACCCGUGUGUCAGUUAAUGUGGUCUCCUCUCUCUCAUCCUGAAAGUACUUUACUAAUUUUCUGUGAAAAUGGCUAUAUUCUUGAAGCUCCACUUCCAACCAUAAAGCAAGAAGUAGAUGAUCGUGAUGUGGUUUCCUAUGAAAUCAAAGACAUGUGCAUAAAAUGUUUUCAUUUCUCAAGUGUCAAAUCUAAGAUUCUGAGAUUAAUAGAAAUUGAAAAGAGAGAGAAACAAAAGAAGUUGAAGGAGAAAAUAAGGGAAGAAAGGAGGAAUAAGCUAGCAGCAGAGAUGGGAGAAGAUGGAGAAAAAGAAUUUCAGGAAGAGAAAGAGGAGGAGGAGGACGAGGAGGAGGAAGAAGAGCCAUUACCUGAAAUCUUUAUUCCAUUAACCCCCUCUCGCAUCCUCUGUGGAUUUUACUCAGAGCCGGGGAAGUUCUGGGUUUCUUUGGGUGACUAUGAUUCUGGUUUUCUGUAUCACUGUGAGUUCCCCCCUUGUGAUAAAAGCAAUAAUUUCGAAGAACAAAAAGAUGAACCUUUUGAUGUCCAUUAUCUUGAGAAUACAGAUGAUAAUCCCAUCCAAACUAUCACUUUCAACAUUAACAAAAUUAUGAUGUUUUGUGGAAUGAAAAAUGGAGCAAUUCGAGUCUAUGUCCUAGAUGAGAAUGAUCCUUCAUUGACCAGUUUGGUGAACUAUUGGCACUUCAAUAUGCAUGACAAUAAUUAUGGAUGUAUUAAAAGUAUUGCUAGUAGCUUUGAUGAUCGUUUCUUGGUGACUACUGGAGGAGAUGGUAAUAUCUUUGUUUUCAACAUUUUUUCUGAAUUUAUGCUAAGGAAAGACAUCAAGGCCAAGGUGCCAUCUCCCAGGUUUGGAAUUGAAACAGAGCCAAUUCCAGAAGACAUUGAAGAUCCCAAAGCCUACAGUAUUGAGAAUGCUAGGAGAAAAAGAGAACAUGACAAAUUAAUGAAAGAAGUGGAAGAAAUAAAGGCAAGGAAGAGAGAGCAAAUCAAAGCUUUGAGGAAUGAAUUUUGUAAACUAUUAAAAAUGAAUGAAGAAUUACCAAAGCAUAUGCAGUUUAAACGAACGGAUUUUGAUGUAGAUUCCAGAAUCCGCGAUGAGAUAAACAGAAAAACAGCUUUCAAAAUUCAACAAGUAGAAAAGGAAUUAGCUUGGGAAAAAGAGAAGCAUGAACUCGGCCUAAUGAAGCUAAAGAAUCGAUUUCGUGAUCCAUUGGAAAGUGAUACUAUUGUGGUUCAUGCCAUACAAAGUGACCACAAGAUAACCUCUUACAGGCUGGUGCAGCCCUCUAAGUACUCCAAAUUCAAACGAGCAAGUCAGUCAGAGAGAAGACCAAGCAAACUGGACAGGUUUGAAAAAGAGGGAGCUGGAAGAAAGGACAGCCAGAGAGAUGCAGGUGAGAGUGUUAUUGAACAAGAGGACUCAAUAAUAGAAAAAGGGAAGAAAUUUCGGCCUAAAACCCUAAGUGAAAUUAUGGUGAAAAAUCAAAUUGAGAAAACGAGAAAACUUAUAUUAAAAGCUGAAAGAGCACAGCUGAAGAUUCAACAGAGAAAAAAAGAAUGGGAGGAACUAUACAAGAGUAAACCUGAUGAUGACUUUGAAGAUCCCAAAGAUCUUCAAGCUAUCAAAGAAGCCCAGGUGUAUAUGGGAGAUUUCAAUCUGAAGACAGCCUCAGACUACAAGAUACCUGAGCACAUGAGAAUAAAUGCUGCCAAGAAGGAAGAGGAACUAGGACACCUAGAUUCUUUGGUCCAUGGAAAGAAAAGGCAUAUGAACAAGUGCAUCCUCUCUCUUAGAGACCUUAAAGUGGCUGUUGUAGAGGAAAUACAGUGCCUGGUACAAGAACUGAAGAACAUUCAGUCGACUCUUCAUGUAUCCAAGCACAUACCCAUUCCCAAAAUUCCUCAGAUACACCCAGAAGAAGUCCCAGAAAAGAGAUUUCAAUAUGACGAAGAAACUCUCCUAAAUUUUGAGCAACAGCGUAUGAAAAGUAUAGAUGCAAAGUCCCCCCAAGUGGAACAGACAGGGUCUGGAGGCCCAGGUGGAGGAUUCCUCAAGCUCUCUUCUGGAAAGAAUGGGGAUUUGACAACCCGAGAUUCAAUAUCUAGGUCAUCAAGGGCAUCUACAUUCAGCCUAGAUAUACCAAAGUUUAUGGAAUUUGAAAAGGCAGAGCCAACGGAUGUGGAGGUGGAAAUUAUGAAGAGGGAUGAGAUUAAACAUGUGUACAUGCAACAGUAUUUGGUCAACAGGAUCAAAGAACUGAUUGUCACUUUUGAUGCAGAACUCCGUCUUCUUAGACAUCAGAAACUGAAACUAGAUACUCAGAUGAAAUUAUCUGACCUGCACCACGUCACCUUAUUUCAAGAAAUGCUUCUCCUGAAGAAUUUUGAAAAGCAAGAGAACAUACUUCAAGAGCGUGUUAAUUCCUUAGAAAAAGAGGAACAGUACAUGCAAUGGAAAAUAAAUGAAACUCUUAAAGAGAUGGAAGAGAAAAAGAAUGAAAUCACCAAACUCCAGGAGCAAGAAAAGGCACUCUACGCUGGUUUUCAAACAGCCAUUGGAGAAAACAAUAAAUUUGCAAACUUCCUCAUGAAGGUUCUAAAAAAGAAGAUUAAACGGGUAAAGAAAAAAGAGGUUGAAGGAGAUGCUGAUGAAGAUGAGGAAAGUGAGGAAUCAAGUGAAGAAUCUAGCUUGGAGAGUGAUGAGGAUGAGUCUGGAUCUGAAGAUGAGGUUUUUGAUGAUUCUAUUUGCCCAUCGAAUUGUGAUGUGACUCUUUUUGAGCUGGCCCUUCAACUUCGAGAGAAAAGGCUGGACAUUGAGGAGGCUUUAGUUGAAGAAAAGAAAAUUGUCGAUAACCUCAAAAAGGAAUAUGAGACAUUGUCAAAAAAAGUGAAAAUUGUGGCAACUAAUCUGAAUGCAGCAGAGGAGGCCCUGGAGGCUUAUCAGCGAGAGAAGCAGCAGCGGCUGAAUGAACUGCUGGUGGUGAUUCCGCUCAAGCUCCACCAGAUAGAGUAUGUGGUAUUUGGAGAAAUACCUAGUGAUCUUUCUGGGACUUUGGUCUUCUCUAACCAUGCCUUGAAACGGCUGCAAGAACGAAUCCAUGAGCUCCAGGAGGAAAAUGCCAAGCAGCAAAAACUUAACAAAGAAUGGAGAGAGAGACGCAAACAGCUCAUCCGAGAAAAGAAAGAAAUGACAAAAGCCAUACAGCAAAUGGAGGAAACAGUCCGUCAACUCAUGAUCAGCAAGUUUGGCCGUGUGGUAAACCUAGAAGCCCUUCAGACACUUUCUGUUAAUACAACACUUGAAGAACUGAAGAUCAGAAAACUUCGAAAGGAGCUAGCGAAUGCGAAGGAGAUGAAGAUGUGGGAGCAAAAAAUUGCCCAAAUGCGAUGGGAACUGAUGAUGAAGACAAAAGAACAUACCAGAAAGCUUUAUCAGAUGAAUGAUUUGUGUAUUGAAAAGAAGAAACUUGAUUCUCGGUUGAAUACGCUACAGAAUCAGCAGGGCAAUGCCUUCCAGGGCCCUCGAGAAGCAGAUAUUGUGGCAAGAGAGGAGGUCACUGAACUGAUCCAACUCCAGGCGGAAAGGAUUUCGGCCUUAAAGGAGGAGAUUGCUCUUUUGCGUAGGAAAGGCGGCCUUAUCCUCCCACCCAUUCAGUCUCCACAAGAGAAUGAGAUGUAGCCCAUGGACCUCUGAGUUUGCUGUUUUUGCAAACCCAUGCAUGAUUUCUCACAUAACUCAUCCAAAGCUCUAUCUCCUUGUCACCUGCAACAAUCUUAUCAUUUUAAAGUGAUUUUAAAGUAUUUUGUCUGAAAGUCUAAAACCAGAUCCAGUCAUGUAGCUUUAAGAAUCGCUCUACAAUUUGGUUAUUUUAGAACCGACUGCAGCACCCAACCUCUGUUGUAGAAUGGAAUCAUUUCAGAUGUUUGGGAACUACUAGAUUGAAUAUGAAGUCUCAGAAAGCUGUGUCUCAUCAUUGCAGCAAAGCAUCUGUAAUGUAUUUUGUUUUAGGAAAAUUCUAUUUGGGGGUAUGCUGAAUUUUUAGCCAUUGGCAAGAAAAACUAUCAUUCAGCAAUUAAUGAGAAAGCUUUGUUUUCUUGAUCCUUAGAAAAUAAACUUAGAUGUUUUUAAGUGUACUCUGAGAUAAUGCAGAAGAAAAAGACCUUUUGCCAAUAGUAUCUUAGAAUAGAAAUGCAAAUUUCAGUGUUGGCAUGGUAGGCUUCAUAAAGCAGUUAUUUGAGGGCUCAGGAUUCAGGAAAUACAAACAGACAUGGCAGAGCAGUUUGCUUUGGGUUGGCAGAAAGCAGGAAAAUAACCAGCCUUCUUGGCUUGCCCACAGUUUUUGUAGGCUCCUCGGUUCUGAGUGGAGCAGAGGAGCGAGCUUUAUAAAACGGUCAACAAGGAGGCUUUUCUCUAAAGCUUUCUGCAACUCCAUCAGAAUUCUAAGUUUUCCCCAUCGUUUCUCAUGUCCUCUGCCAUUGUCUUUCAGGUUUUACUUGGGCCAUUUGCAGGGUUUGAUACAGAGGAGGAGAUAACGAAAUAGAUUUAGAUUUAGAGAUCAUCUUUAACAAUCACUUUUGAUUACCCAUAAGAUUUUAAGCUAAUGUAAGAGUAUCCUUUUGGUUGGGGCGGUAGGUUCUCAUUGAGGCUCAUGGCUGUAGCCAUUGAAGGAUAAUCUCACGGACAUUUGGAGUCCUGUUAGUAACAGCAUAGCUCGUUAGAUUAAGAGCUCUGUAUUAAUGAGUUACUCAAUGGAGGCUAUCCCAGGAUAAGUUGGUCACUGAGAAGGGCGGGUGAAGAAGGCAACUUUGCAUAAAUGUACAAGGGAACUCAGCAAUGCCAAGUCUUCCUCACCUGUGAUUAGCCUGUCAAUCUCCCCCCAAAAUUAGAAGCAGGACUUGCUUUCUUUGUACAUCAGAAUAUUCUUAGAGGUGGCCUAUUGUCUUCCUAAGAUUCUUUCAUAUUCCUAUUUAAGAGGUCAGAAUACAUCAUUGUUUGCAUUUGUCACCAUUAAUUUCUGAUGCAGUCACUUCUCUACUGGAGAGCACCCACUUUUAAAAAAAAUCACUUUCUGUGUUGUAUAUCCUAAACCAUGUGUGCCUUUCAAGUAUUUUUAAAAGUAUGCUAUUCAUA